AUGGGUUCAAAAAUCGAGUACGUGGAUUCAUCACAUUUGUACGCGACGAACUAUGUCCGUAAUUCGAAAGCUAUCGGUGUACUUUGGGCGAUAUUCACGAUUUGCUACGCGAUUAUAAGCGUCGUUGCAUUCGUGACACCUGAAUGGAUCGGAGACUUAGAGACUGAGUACCCCAGAAAGUUUGGACUGUGGCAAAUAUGCAGGGCAGAUGAAGCUCUUGAAGACUGUAAGGGGAGAUUAGACGAUUUCCUGUCGAUAAAUGGACUUGUGUUCAAAAUUGCGACUGUGUUAGUGGGUGCAUCGGUUGCCCUGGCCUUAUUUACCAUCUGUGCAAUGUUGUUAUUCUUCUUUUGUCAAUCUACGACUGUUUUUCAUAUCUGCGGAUGGCUACAGAUAUUGUCUGGUAAGUACCUAUAG